AUGAGCAAUCACAUGCCGUCGGGUGUCUCCGGCGCACGGUCCAUUGUCUUGCGCCUAAAGUACAAAACUGCAUUCUCUGCUCUUGUCUUUCAUUUAUCCCUUGUGCAUAUAACAACCGCGCCUCAUCUUACACGGCAGACUUCGCAAAGGUCCAAUAUCUGCAGCGAGCUUGAUCCCGACCCGAAAACCACUGCGAUGUCUACAUCCGAGGAGAAGAUGCGCAAGGCCGCCGAGAAGGCCAUGGACGUGUUCGAGACGGUCGAGUUGAUGGAGCAGAUCUUGCUUUACACUGACGCCCGCGACGUGCUACGUGCCAUGCAGGUUGUCAAGUGCAUGCGCGACACCGUAAACGGCUCCAACAAGAUCAAGAAGAUGGUCGGAGUCCUCCCCGACAAGGAGAGCGACUUCCGCCUGCCACUUUGGCCAGGCGCCGAGCGCUUCAAAGUGGAUGAUGGCGACAGGAACCACUUCUCCAACAAGCGUCAUGACGACUCAGUGGUACUCUUUCAUGGAAUGCGCCUCGACACCUACGAUGGUCAGCUGAGUUGCGCGUACGACAGUCGCUUCGAUGACCUCAUGCACGGAGAGCCGCCACCUGACAUCCGGGAUCAGGCCGAUUUCAGACUGAUCUGCGAGCCCGAUGCUCCGUGCCUGAGGAAACUGGGCGGUCGCGUUGGCGCCAUGUUUCCGUGUCAGCCACCUCGUGCCGAGCUCAGGACAGUAUUCUGCUGUGACCACUGCGGCGACGAUCGCGGUACCUGUUUAGACCUCCAUGGGUCGAGAUAG